GAAUUUAAGUCCUGUACUUAAAUUCAGUUAUCACGGUGCGCUGUACUAUUACAUUGGUUGGUUAUUAGUGAGUUUAAGAAAACUCAAAUUUCAUUGGUGGUUAGUGAACCAUACAAUUUGACGUCACGAUCCUUUUUUAAUUCGGGUCCAACAGGAGAGGCUGCUUUUAAAAUAACUUGUUGUUAUCAGAGGAAAAUUUUAUUCAACAAAAAAUUGUCAGGGAGUAUUUUAUGUUAUAUAAUAAUUUUUGAAAGGAAUUGUUAUAGCUGUACGCACAUUAACGAGGAUUCGUACAAUGAAAGACAAUAUUGACGUUAAUUCAGUGAAUUAUCCAAAAACAAAGAUACAUGUACAUGUGUAUGGCGACCACAUGGCUGAAAUCAAAAAACAAAUUUUAUUUUUUUCUCUUUCAAAGUUUAUUCUAUUUAACUUUCUUUAAGUGCCAACAGUUUGGUUUAGAUUUGAGUCUCUUUCAACAGGGAAAAAGUAAAUGUUUACUUUGAAACAAGGAUACAUGUAGCUGACCUAGUGAAGCACAUGGCGAGCACAUGGUUUAUUGAAUUUUCUUUCAAUGUUUUUUCGUUGCCGUUGCUAAUUUUCAAAUAUAAUAAAUGGUAAAUAAUGCUUCUUGGUAACAUGUUAGGACUACCAGAAUUAGCAAAAUAUUCAAGUUAUCUGGCGAGUUGAAAUAACCUUUCGUGUGUUGGUUUGCGAACUUGAGCCAUGGCAAAAUAUUCAGUUCGUUGAUUGGGUCCAUUAUCAGGUGAAAGGAGAAUAUCAUCGCGGCUACACGCCCACAUUAAUGUGUUUCAAUACUUGAAUUUAUAAGACGCGUCCUGGUCCGCAUACUUAAUUUAGUUAUUGUUUAUUUACACACUUAAAUGGAAUGUACCCAUAAUGCUUUGUAUUGUUAUUAUAUAUGUAGUUCGUACUGAGUUCUAUCACUUAAAAGCUGAAGCCAACUUUAUACAUUUUUGUACAUGGUGUCAGAUGUGGGAACGUGUGCAUUACAUGUAUGCAUAUUAUUUGCAAAACUUCUGUUCGAAGAACAAGAAUCCACUUAAUAAUAAAUACACUAGUCUCCGUUGUUACGCCUUCUAUGAACGAGUUUCACCGGUGUACAUGAGUUCAAUUGGUACUUUUAAAAUGUAAACAAUAACAUCAAGUCAAAUAGUUGUCGAAUAUUGGUGUUCCUGAUGGAUAAUGGAGUACAGAGUUACAUGAAAUUCACACAACCUUAUUAAUAGAGUCAUGUCAGCACAGCUCAGGCGGUCAGCCAGGAAAAGGAAAAAUUUGCCAAUAGUGGCUGCUGCAUCAGCAAGGAAAAAGACUAACCAGAGAGUACCUGACACUAUGUCAGUAACUCUACCACAGUUGCCUACAGUUGAUACUGGUACACCAUUCAUACCCAUUACUAGUUCUACUGGUACAUACCCAAUGUUGUUUUCACAGACAGGGGCAGUCAUAUAUACCAGUGCAAGUACAGGGCCAGUCGAUUUGACGAGCACAACUAAUACCCUUUUAUACUCAAGAGUACCACUACCAGACCAAAGAGUGUGCAACACUGUAACCAGUCAAGAUCCUCCAGAACAUUCCUUAGGUAAUACUAAUGGUGCCUCAAGUUUUACAAUGCCAUUUAGUACUUUUGAUCUUCCUAUUCAGAUACCCAGCAUGCAUGCUAAUAUUGCUUUUAAUGUUUCUCAAAGUAUUAGAGAAAAAAUUCAGAAAAGUGAAUUUAUUGAUUUAGGCAUUUUGUUGAUUAACAAUACUCAGCAGGCUACACAAAAGCUUGUUUUUAGAGGGGGUGAAUUUAUUGUGGAAACAGAAAAUAUGCAAAACAAAAUUGGGUCUAUUGACCAAUGGACAUCAGCAUUUAUCAUUUUUGUUAGUGUAUAUUGUACUGUGCAUUCAGGUAGAUUACAAGAUUUACUUAAAUACAUGUCAGUUGUACGUUUGGGUGCAAAAAGAAAUCCAAAUAAUUUAGGUUGGAAGUUAUAUGAUGAGCAAUUUAGGUUGCGCAAAACACUGGAUCCGGCAAGUUCAUGGGCUAUAGUAGAUCCAGAGCUUUGGUUAUUAUAUAUGGCUGAUAGUAUUGGCACACAAAAUUUGGAAGUAGUUUCUUCUGGUUACAAUACAUUUUCUGCUAAUAAAUGUGAAUAAAACGUCCAAGUGCUAUGCCUUUAAUUAUAACGGCGAAUGUUUCAAUUCAUUUUGUCAAUAUAGUCAUGCAUGUAUACAAUGUCAUGGUGUUCACUCGGUUAUAAACUGUCAAUUCACACAAAAUAAUUUGCCUUCGCAAAUAAGAGCAAAUCAACAGCCAGAACGACCCCAGCAGGGAUACCAGAAGAUUUAAACAUAAAUUUCAAACUAUAAUUGGGUCCCUUAUAGAUACAUUUGUAGUUCAGUUGCCCAAAGUACCUAAACAACAUAUCAAAGAGGUGUAUUGGCCUUUAAUGAGUUCAGAAAAUUGUUUGGUUUAUAAAAUGUAUGGCCAAUACCUUUGUAUGAAUUGUGCAAUUUUAUAGCUUAUUUGUUUCAAGCGUUACUCGCAUUCCUCUAUUAAGUGUUAUUUAGCAGGGAUAAGUUUUUUCAGUAGAUUGAAUGUCUUGGGCGAUUUUAAUCAAAUUUAUUAUAAAAAAUGAUGGAGGGAGUUUACCGGUCAAGGCCAAAAUUGGGGAUUCAAGAUUGCCUAUUACCAAGAAUUACUUCUAUUAAUACAUGUAGUUAAAUUCUAUUGUUUAUUUGUUCCUCCAGUUAUGCAGUUAAGUUGUUUAAAGGUUGUUUUAAGAUCCUCCAAUCCUAAAUUUCUAGUCGUACAUGUAGGUGCUAUGAUUUAGGGAAUAUUAAAACUGAAAACUUUAAGAGAAAAGUUGAUACAAGCUAUGACCUUUAUUUCAAAGGACUUGCCUGACACUAAAAUUGUGUGGUCCCAAAUGUUGCCUCGUUUAAACGGAGAUAUUCUAAAGUGUAGAUACAGCCUAUUACAGGGUUAAUAAGACAGUAGCUAACUAUAUAUUGGAAUCUGGUGGUUAUUGUUUAAUAUGCUAUCCAGACAUUUCUAGGACUGAAACAUGUAUAAAUCUGAUUGGGUGCAUUUGUCUGUCAUAGGAAAUGACAAUUUUUUUUAAUUUUUUUUCAAGGUGGUCUUAGUUUUUCAUGCUAAACCAAUGGUCAUGUUUUCCCCUCUACUGAUAUAUAAGUAUGAAAUAUGUUGUUUUGUUUUGUGUUUUUGUCUCAGUGUAUAAAUACAAUAUUGUUACCUAAGACAAACUUUGUAUAAUUGAUCUUGUGUGUAAAUUUUUACUGUAGAUAUAUACAGUUUUUAUACGACCGCAAAUUUUGAAAAAAUUUUCGUUGUAUAUUGCUAUCACGUUGGCGUCGUCGUCGUCGUCCGAAUACUUUAAGUUUUCGCACUCUAACUUUAGUAAAAGUGAAUAUAAAUCUAUAAAAUUUUAUCACAAGGUUUAUGACCACAAAAGGAAGGUUGGUAUUGAUUUUGGGAGUUUUGGUCCCAACAUUUUAGGAAUUAGGGGCCAAAAAGGGCCCAAAUAAGCAUUUUCUUGGUUUUCGCACUAUAACUUUAGCUUAAGUUAAUAGAAAUCUAUGAAAUUUUGACACAAGGUUUAUGACCACAAAAGAAAGGUUGGGAUUGAUUUUGGGAGUUUUGGUUUCAAUAGUUUAGGAAUUAGGGGACAAAAAGGGACCCAAAUAAGCAUUUUUCUUGGUUUUCGCACCAUAACUUUAGUAUAAGUAAAUAGAAAUCUAUGAAAUUUAAACACAAGGUUUAUGACCAUAAAAGGAAGGUUGGUAAUGAUUUUGGGAGUUUUGGUCCCAACAGUUUAGGAAUAAGGGGCCCAAAGGGUCCAAAAUUAAACUUUGUUUGAUUUCAUCAAAAUUGAAUAAUUGGGGUUCUUUGAUAUGCCGAAUCUAACUGUGUAUGUAGAUUUUUAACUUUUGGUCCCGUUUUCAAAUUGGUCUACAUUAAGGUCCAAAGAGUCCAAAAUUAAACUUCGUUUGAUUUUGACAAAAAAUUAGUCGGUUGGGUUCUUUGAUAUGCUGAAUCUAAAAAUGUACUUAGAUUCUUGAUUAUCGGCCCAGUUUUCAAGUUGGUCCAAAUCGGGGUCCAAAAUUAAACUUUGUUUGAUUUCAUCAAAAAUUGAAUAAAUGGGGUUCUUUGAUAUGCCAAAUCUAACUGGGUAUGUAGAUUCCUCAUUUUUGGUCUUGUUUUCAAAUUGGUCUACAUUAAAGUCCAAAGGGUCCAAAAUUAAACUUAGUUUGAUUUUAACAAAAAUUGAAAACUUAGGGUUUUUUGAUAUGCUGAAUCCAAACAUGUACUUAGAUUUUUGAUUCUGGGCCCAGUUUUCAAGUUGGUCCAAAUCAGGAUUUAAAAUUAUUAUAUUAAGUUUUGUGCAGUAGCAAGUCUUUUCAAUUGCACAGUAUUGCGCAAUGGCAAGAAAUAUCUUAUUGCAAAAUAUUGUGAAAUAGCAAUUUUCUUUUUAAUUAGAGUUAUCUUUCUUUGUCCAGAAUAGUAAGCAAGAAAUAUCUAAUUGUAAGAAUUUUUUUUAUUUGGAGUUAUCUUUCUUUGUCCAGAAUCAACUUAAAUCUUUGUUAUAUAUACAAUAUACAAUGUAUAUUCACUUUUUACUACCAACUGAUAAAUUAAAAUCUUUACCAUUCAGUGAUAACAAGCAGUUUUUUUUACAUCUUAAUAUUUUAUGAUGUAUUUAAAUGAGUAGUAAUUGUUGCAAACUCCAUUAGAAAUUUUAAUUGAGAUUAGUUUUGGAAUAAGGGAAAGGGGGAUGUGAUUAAAAUAAUUGGGUUCAAUUUUCUCAUUUGAAAUUUCAUAAAUAAAUGGAAAAUUUCUUCAAACAUUUUUUUUUAGAGGAAUAAUAUUCAACAGCAUAGUGAAUUGCUCUAAGAGAAAACAAAAAAAAUUAAUUUCAUUAGAACACAUUCAUUCUGUGUCAGAAACCUAUGCUGUGUCAACUCUUUAAUCACAAUCCAAAUUUAGAGCUGAAUCCAGCUUGAAUGUUGUGUCCAUACUUGCCCCAACCGUUCAGGGUUCAACCUCUGCGGUCGUAUAAAGCUACGCCCUGCGGAGCAUCUGGUUUACGAUUUAUUGAGCAACUUUACUAGUACAUUUAGUUACAUGUAACUUGAAAGUUUUCUUUGAUUUUUUUGUGGAUGUAUUUGGCUCACAGCUUGGCAGCGAACCUCCAUUAUAUGGCGGUUGACAAUGAAUCAUUAUUCUGUUUCACUGUCAAUCUGGCAUAAUUCGCUGCAUCAAAAAACAUUUUGUUUUAUGAAUAGGAUCAUUUACUACAGAUCUAGAUGAACAAUGUAAGGGUUUCGAUCCAUCACCUGUGUUCCCACGGUGAUUUCCAAAUUGUUUUAAUCCUAUCUUCAGUUACCAUUAUCUGUGGUAGUAAUUUAUAUAUAUAUAUAUAUGACAGUAAGGUUGCCAUAAUCAGCAAUAUGCGGGUAACCUCUUUUUUCAGUUAUAUACAACAUGUAUAAAUUAUGAGAAUAAUAAUAUUAAAGGCUGUGGCCAAAUACUGCCAAUUUGUUGUUUGGUCUUACUAAGCAUCUGGGAUAAUAGAAUUUAAGUCCUGUACUUAAAUUCAGUUAUCACGGUGCGCUGUACUAUUACAUUGGUUGGUUAUUAGUGAGUUUAAGAAAACUCAAAUUUCAUUGGUGGUUAGUGAACCAUACAAUUUGACGUCACGAUCCUUUUUUAAUUCGGGUCCAACAGGAGAGGCUGCUUUUAAAAUAACUUGUUGUUAUCAGAGGAAAAUUUUAUUCAAAAUCCCUCCCUCCUCCCAAAAUGUAUAUUUAUUGUAAAAAGAAUGUAUUAGAAUAAGAUACUGCCUGUGUUGUAAUUUAUAAUUUCAGGUGAUGUUUCAGUUGUCAAUUGUUUGAACACCUAUAUGUAUUUGGCCAUUGGACAGACAGGACCUGUGAGGAAGUCUGAUCGAAGUUAUCGAACCUUCCAACAAAGACUUUGAAUUUAUUAGGCCUGUGAUUUGCAUAAUUCGCUGCAUCAAAAAACAUUUUGUUUUAUGAAUAGGAUCAUUUACUACAGAUCUAGAUGAACAAUGUAAGGGUUUCGAUCCAUCACCUGUGUUCCCACGGUGAUUUCCAAAUUGUUUUAAUCCUAUCUUCAGUUACCAUUAUCUGUGGUAGUAAUUUAUAUAUAUAUAUAUAUGACAGUACGGUUGCCAUAAUCAGCAAUAUGCGGGUAACCUCUUUUUUCAGUUAUAUACAACAUGUAUAAAUUAUGAGAAUAAUAAUAUUAAAGGCUGUGGCCAAAUACUGCCAA